CAAGAAAAGCGGAAGUUGUUGUUGAUGGACCAACUUGUGAUCUAAUGUAAGCAUUCUCACGGCCAAUUUAUACUUAAUGUGUUUAAUUAGUAGUGUGGUACAAAUACAGUGUCUUUAAUCUCGCCGAUACGACUAACGUUAGUUGUGUACACUGGGUGCCCGUGUGGAUCUGUGAUCUGCAUCCGUCUACAGUCUGAGCUUUUCUCCUUCUCGCACUAUUACUCUGAACACUUGUACGACCCCAUCUCUCUCCGUCUCCCACAUGAGCGCAGCAUUCUAUUCCCGCCGGGCCGAGCGCCAUGCCUGACCGGGAUAGCACCUACCUGGCAGGUGGCGGUGGGGGUGGCAGUGGGACCGGAGUGGGCACUGGGGUCGGGGACGAGGGAGGGGCCGGGACAGGUGGAGAGGGUAGAGUGUCUGGGGCUGGCGGGUCAGCGGGCUGCGCGGGGGGUAACGGAGGUCCCGGGGCCAUGGGAGGCGGCGGAGCGUUAGGAAACGGUGCCUUUGGCUCCGGUUUGGGACUAGACGGCGUUUGCCGGGACUUUUUGCGAAACGUGUGCAAGCGCGGCAAGCGCUGCCGUUUCCGCCAUCCGGACUUCAAUGAGGUUCCUGACUUGGGUGUGCAAAAGAACGAGUUCAUCUUUUGCCACGACCAUCAGAACAAAGAAUGCGUUCGUACAAAUUGCAGAUUCGUGCACGGCUCGAAGGAAGACGAGGACUAUUAUAAGAAAACCGGAGAGCUUCCGCUUCGGCUCAGAGGGAAGGUGGCGGCCGGAUUGGGAUUGUCUCCAACCGACCUCCCGUUGAGCCGUGGAGAGGUGCCUAUUUGCAGAGAUUACUUGAAAGGAGAGUGCCAGCGGGGCAACAAGUGCAAAUUCCGGCAUGUCAGGAAGGAUUAUGAAUACGAGGCCCCGUCCCGGGGCGGAGUCGGAUGCAUGAUGGGCGUCACCGGUGGCGUUAGCGGGAUGGUUACCGCCAGCGGCGGUGGAGCAGGCGGUGUUGGCGGAGCCUGCGGCGGCAUGUCUGGCCUCGUUGGCGGUGGUGUCGGUAACUAUAUGGGAAUGGGAUGUCCCAGUAUGGGCGGUUGCAGAGACCAGGUCUUGUCAGGUGGAGGUGGAGGCUCAAUAAGCAGCUGCAUGUCGAUAGGGACAACUGGUCAUCGGCGCUACGACAGGGGCCCCUGCUCUGUCUACGACCCUUUGUUUGAGAAUGGCAUGUUUGAAGCGGGGCCGGUGGAGCCGCCUGUCGAUCAUACGGCUCUCCAGCUGAAGAGACGGCGUUUAGAAGGGCUGCGGUUGACCGAUGCGACCGGCGGUGGACAUUAUGACCUAGGGGUUCAGACCACCCUGUCGACUCGACCGUUAGAGUACAGGUUACUAGAAGAGGAAAACGCUCUACUGAGGAAGAGAGUGGAGGAGCUUAAGAAACAGGUCUCCAAUCUCAUAGCCACCAACGAGGUGCUCCUGGAACAGAACGCUCAGUUCCGAAGCCAGGCUAAAGUGAUGACGCUCUCCUCCACCCCGGCUCCGUCUGAGCAGAGUCUGGCGCCCCCUGUUGGUUCUGUCAGCUCCUAUAACCAUGGCAUCGCCCAGACACACACCACUCUGAGCAGCGCUGGUCUUCAGCCCCGUCCCGUCACGCAACAAGACCUGGUGGCCCCGGCCGGCGCGCCGACCGCCCCUCAAGCGAACGCGGCGCCUCCUACCGCACCUCCUCCGCAUCUGAACCCCGACCCCAUCUCUGCCGCCCUCGCUCAGACUAUUGCACAGGGAAUGGCUCCACCUGUUUCCAUGGCCCCCGUUGCGGUUUCGGUGGCACCUGUUGCCGUUUCAAUGGCACAACCAUUGCCGGGCAUCACGAUGAGUCAUGCGACCACACCGAUGGUGACGUAUCCCAUCGCCAGUCAGAGUAUGAGGAUCACAACCUUGCCUCAUUAGUAUGAGGAGGAGUUUUCAGCAAUAUAUAUAGGUUUCACUAUCCAGGCGAACACCCUUUUGUUUAACUUACCAAAAACACGGUAGGUUUCUCAGGUGAAGGAUCUGUUUUCACUGAGGGAACACAUUUCUGUAUAGACAAAAUACAGAUCUUCUCUGUGAAUAUAUAAAACAUAUUGCAGCUGUUCAGUUGCCUUUAAGAGAGCCGGAAAGACUCUUUUGAGAUUGUGGACAUUUAUGAACUCAUUUGGAAAGAUGUAACUAUUCAUCUAAUCCGUACAGAAGAAUUGUGAACUUACUUGUUAGCUGUCAGUUUUAGUUUGACUUGUUUUGUGAAUUGCUUUCUGGUGAACUGAUUAUUGGUCUUUUGCACAAAAUUAAUCAAUCUAAACCAAUAGGCAUCAUUAUCAGUUCUUGUAAUGAUUUAAACACACAAACACACACACACAAAAAUCAUAUGUGGGCAUAAAAGUGUUUUAUUUCUUUUGGAAACUAAACUGCAUUUUUCCGUCUGAAUAUUGGCCAUGUUUCCUUUGGUGAGUAUCUUUCUGAAAUGUUGAUGAAAAAUUAUAUUUCUUAUCAAACUAAACAUCUUGUAUGAGCUUGAUCACUCUCUCAUGUUUUGUUGACAGUAACAUUCAUUGUUUGCACUCUCAGGCCUGUUCGCUUAUGAUCAGGUCACCACAGACGGAUAUGGGUGUAACUGGAUGUGUAAAUAUUAUAGUAAAAAAAAAUCAUUUUU